AUGGGCAACAUGAAACCGGGUCAGGGAAUAAUUGAAGAUUUAAAAGGAAGGGCUGCAUGUUACAGACAAGACUGGAUUACCGGAACCUGUUCUGGCUUCAAGAUAUUGGGUCCAACUUUUUAUAUCUUUUUCGCUUCUGCUUUACCUGUCAUCGCCUUCGGAGAGCAGCUUAAUAGAGAUACAGAUGGAGCAUUGAGCACGGUGGAAACAUUAUCAUCUACUGCUAUCUGUGGAAUUAUCCACUCGAUAUUUGGUGGCCAGCCUCUGCUGAUUUUGGGGGUUGCUGAACCCACUGCUAUAAUGUACACUUAUUUGUACGAGAUCUGCAAAAAAAGGCCAGAACUAGGUGCCGAACUGUUUCUGGCUUGGGCUGCUUGGGUUUGUGUUUGGACAGGAAUCAUGUUGAUUCUGCUUGCAGUUUUUAAUACGUGCACCAUUAUCAACAAAUUUACAAGAAUCGCCGGGGAACUAUUUGGCAUGUUGAUUACUGUUCUUUUCAUUCAAGAGGCUAUAAAGGGACUGGUAGCCGAGUUCCAAGUGCCUAAGAACGAGAACCCAAUGUUGGAGGAAUUUCAAUUCCAAUGGCUAUAUGCAAAUGGCUUGCUUGCCAUUAUUUUCUCUUUCGGGGUACUUCUCACUGCCCACAAAAGCAGAACUGCAAGAUCAUGGCGUUAUGGAACAGGGUGGAUGCGAGCUUUCGUUGCAGAUUAUGGGGUUCCAGCGGUGGUCUUGCUCUGGUCUGCGCUAUCUUAUGCUGUUCCAGCCAAAGUCCCGCACGGUGUUCCCAGAAGGCUGGUUUGUCCCCUUCCUUGGGAAGCUGAGUCUCUGUACCACUGGACAGUAGUCAAGGACAUGGGUAAGGUACCAGUGCUUUACAUCUUUGCGGCAAUUAUUCCUGCCGUGAUGGUGGCAGGUUUAUACUUCUUCGAUCACAAUGUAGCUUCCCAGAUGGCUCAGCAAAAGGAAUUCAACCUUCAAAAACCAGAUGCUUACCACCACGAUAUGUUCCUGCUUGGAAUUAUGGCUUUGAUUUGCGGUCUCCUUGGGCUUCCUCCAUCAAAUGGUGUCCUUCCACAAUCCCCAAUGCAUACCAAGAGUUUGGCAGUUCUUAAGGGGCAGUUGAUGCGAAAGAGAGUGGUUAAAAAAGCCAAGGAAUGCAUUAGGGAACAAAGGAGCAACUCUGAAAUAUACGGAAAGAUGCAUGAUGUGUUUAUAGAAAUGGAUACAGCCCCAACGGUAAGUAUGAAACAAGAGUUGGCGACUUUGAAGGAGGCUGUGAUGAAACCUCAUGAGAAAGACGGUGUACAACAAAAAUUUGAUCCUGAGAAACACAUUGAUGCUUAUUUGCCUGUCCGAGUGAACGAGCAAAGAUUAAGCAACUUUUUGCAGUCCUUCCUCGUGGGCGCGUCCGUUUUCGCCAUGCCAUUUAUUAGAAUGAUACCUACCUCAGUUCUGUGGGGUUAUUUCGCUUACAUGGCCAUUGACAGUCUCCCAGGGAAUCAGUUCUGGGAAAGGAUUUUGCUUCUCUUUGUCACCCCAAGAAGGCGUCACAAAAUUUUGGAAGGUGAUCAUGCAUCAUUCGUUGAAUCAGUGUCGUUCAAAACCAUAGCUCUCUUCACACUGAUGCAGUGUCUGUACUUUCUGUUCUGUUUCGGGGUGACAUGGAUACCUAUUGGUGGAGUAUUGUUUCCACUGCCAUUCUUCCUUCUCAUAGUGAUAAGGGAACACGUGCUUCCCAAGAUAUUCAGCAAUGGCGAUCUCCAGGAACUGGAUUCUUCUGAGUACGAGGAAGUUGCCGGUGCCCCUAAGGAUCCCACUGAAGUCCCAGAAGCGGAUGAGAAAUCAGACGAUUUCUUUGACGCAGAGUUAUUGGACGAGAUGACAACCCACAGGGGAGAGAUGAAACAUAGAAUGAGUUUCACAAGUGAAGACAAAUACUAA